AUGUCCUCCACAGAAUUCAUGUCCUUCCUCCCACCACCCGGGCCCUCCAUCUCGAACUACGACCGCCACUCCCCCUCAACCUCGCAAUCCGCCUCCGUCCCAGCCACCUUCAAAGAAGCAAUGUCGAUCCGCGAAGCCGUCUUCGUAGAAGAGCAACACGUCCCCCUCGAAAACGAGCUCGAUUACGACGACCCGCGCGCCUUCCACUGGGUCGUCUACGCUUCGGUCGGCACCUCCUCAUCCUCCCCCUCCGGCUCGCGGCCCUCGACGCGCAGCCGCAAAGACUCCACAAGCGCCGAGGACAGGAAGCAAGAGGAGCGGCGACGCAGCAGCGCGACGGCGAGCAGAGUAGCCGUCGGGACGAUCCGGCUGGUGCCGCCGCCCCACGCGCCGCAUCCGAGUCCGGGGACGGCGCACAAGAUCGACAACAAAGAGGUCCCGCUGUCCUCGUCGCCCGAGCAGUCAGAGUCCAGACACCAGCUGCCAACGCCGCUCCACGACAACCGCGAACCCUUCGUCAAGCUCGGCCGCCUCGCAACGCUGCGGCCGUACCGCGGGCUCGGCCUCGCGCGGCUGCUGGUCAACGCCGCGCUCGACUGGGCGGCCAAGCAUCCGGACGAGGUGGUACCGCCGCCGGACCCGACGGCUGUCGAGCAGGCCAAGGUCGAGGGGAAGCUGGCCGAGGAGGCGGAUGGGCGGUGGAGGGGCCUUGUGCUCGUGCAUGCGCAGACGGGCGUUGUGGGGUGGUGGGAGGGGAUGGGGUUUCGAAGGGAUGAGGGGAUGGGGACGUGGGUUGAGGAGGGGAUCGAGCAUGUGGGGAUGUGGAAGAGGGUUGCUGUCAAGGGGAUGUAG